AUGGUGGAUGAGGGUAUUGUGUUAGGGCAUGUAGUAUCAUCACGUGGCAUUGAGGUGGAUAAGGCAAAGAUUGAGUUGAUUUCUAGUUUACCACCACUGAAGAAUGUGAAAGGAGUUAGGAGUUUCCUUGGGCAUGCAGGCUUUUAUAGAUGUUUUAUUCAAGAUUUCUCUCAGAUCACCAAACCAUUGUGUGACUUGCUAAGCAAGGACGUGCCAUUUGAGUUCACUUCAGAGUGCUUACAAGCUUUUGAGCUACUUAAAGAGAAGUUGACCCAUGCACCUAUCAUGAUUGCACCUGAUUGGACUAGACUAUUUGAGUUGAUGUGCGAUGCUUCAGAUUUUACUAUGGGUGCUGUUUUGGGUCAAAGGAUUGAGAAAGCACUUCAUGUGAUUUAUUAUGCUUCUCGAACUUUGAAUGAUGCACAAGUCCACUACACUACUACCGAGAAGGAGCUCCUUGCUAUUAUCUUUGCAUUAGAGAAGUUUUGGAGUUAUCUUCUGGGAAGUAAGGUGAUUGUUCACACGGAUCAUGCGGCAUUGAGAUAUUUAUUGAGCAAGAAAGAUGCCAAGCGCCGUUUGAUUCGUUGGGUGUUAUUACUCCAAGAGUUUGAUAUAGAGAUCAAGGAUAAGCCGGGUAGAGAGAACCUUGUUGCAGAUCAUUUGUCUGGACUUGAGUUUGGCAGAGACUCUUCUGAUAUACCAUUGACUGAGCAUUUUCUCGAUGAGUACUUAUUUCGUGUAGACACUGAGAUGACUUGGUUUGUAGUCAUUGUGAACUAUUGGGCUAGCAAUUGUACUUUCAUUCCGGAUAACUAUGAUGCACAGGCCAGGAAGAAGUUUCUUAGAGAUGCUCGGUCAUAUAUUUGGGAUGACCCAUACUUGUGGAAAUGUGAUAGAUGCCAGAGGACCGGGAAUAUAUCCUCCAAGGACCAAAUGCCUCUCACUAAUAUUAUGGAGGUUGAGAUUUUUGAUUGUUGGGGCAUAGACUUUAUGGGACCAUUUCCAAAAUCUCAUGGGAAUGAGUAUAUCAUAGUGGCGGUUGAUUAUGUUUCGAAGUGGGUUGAAGCCAAGGCCACAAGGAAGAAUGAUGCAAAGGUUGCCACACCUUACCACCCUCAAACUUCCGGUCAAGUAGAGGUGUCAAAUAGGGAGAUUAAGAGGAUUUUAGAAAAGACGGUCAACUCUUCUAGAAAGGAUUGGGCUAUUAAGCUUGAUGAUGCUUUAUGGGCCUAUCGGACCGCAUAUAAGACUCCUAUUGGCAUGUCUCCCUUUCGCUUAUGCUAUGGAAAGAAUUGUCAUCUUCCGGUUGAGCUUGAGUACAAAGCUUGGUGGGCUAUCAAAUUUUUGAAUUUUGACUUGGAAGCUAGUGGUGACAAGCGGAAACUUGACCUUUGUGAGUUAGAGGAAGUACGGGAAGAGGCAUAUGAAAGUGCCAAAUUGUUUAAGGAGAAGACAAAGGAGCUGCAUGAUCGAAAAUUGGUGAAGAAGGCCUUUAAGCCCAAACAAAAGGUUCUCCUAUACAACUCUAAACUUCGUCUCUUUCCCCGUAAAUUGAAGUCAAGGUGGAGUGGACCCUAUGAAGUAGUGGAAGUGUUCCCUCAUGGUGCUAUUGAAGUAAGAAAUUUGGAUGAUGGGAGAACUUUCAAGGUUAAUGGGCACCGGCUUAAACCAUAUCAUGACUCCACUUUCGAUUCUCAUCAUGAGGUGACUUACCUCGAUGAUGCUUCUUAA